AUGUCGAUUGAAAUCCCCACCGGUGCAACCAAAUCAUCAAAUUUUUGGUGUCGAUCUAAAAAUCGGAACCAAAUAUCAAGAAUUUGGUUCGGAUGGUCUCUGUUUGAUUACCCUUGA